AUGACAUCUCAAGUCUACGAUAAAACCCUGUUUCCCCGUUUAACAUCGUUGCUUGCCCCUGCCGUUGUAAAUGCAGGCAGACUUUACGAGACCAGUUGGCGGGCAAGCGCAGCCUCCUCCAGCGUUACCGCACUCCCAGACGCAGGUUCCGCCAUCGCUGUACGAGCAUUCGAUCCAGCCCGCGGGGCAACUUCGAGCGGAAACAACUCCAAGGGUGAGACCCAUGAUCAAGAAGGCCUUGGUGACAAGCGUUGCACAAGAUUUCAAAAGAACGAUGUAGGAGGGAUUGCGAGAUUGAUAGACGAGAAGGCAUGGAAGAGAGUGCGCUUGGGGCACAUUGCGCGUGCCGUGUACUUGGAAAAGUGUUCCGUAUCGUGUGAUUUCCCUUCAAAGCCUGAUCCUGUUGAGGAUGGUCUUUUGCGCCUCAUUAUGAAGCUCACUACUGCCCUCGUUGCGGCUAUGAUCGCUCCGAUGAGCGUCCAGGCUUACAAUUAUUACAGCUUUUGCCACUGUAUCGACGCCAACCAACAGCCCAAUGGUAUUGCGACUGGAACAGUCUGUGGCAACCGCAAACCGUCGCACCAGUCGCGUAGCGACUGUAUUGCUGACAACGGCGGUUCAUUCUACAACUGCAACUUUUCGGAUGCCUGCAAGAAGGCUGGGGCUACUGGUGACCAGGGACCUGCUAAGACCAACGCUUGGUGCCAGGACAAACGAUAAGGGGAGAACGAGAGGCAGGGAGGAGGGGAGGCACCUAUUGGCUCAACUUCGCGCCCAGCAUCACAAUAACUCUGUCAUAGACACAUACUAGUUUCUAUUCUGCCUUGUUUACACCGUACUUAAGCUUGGCUAGCACAUAAACAUACUCAAACCAAAUUUAUAGUAUCAGCUACGGGCUACCAAGUAAUUCAACUAUCAUUUCUCCUCUAGAUGAACUACAUAGAGCAAAGACACUUUC